AUAUAUGACCCUUGUCUCUCCCUCUUUGUUUCCCCAUUAGUAAAGACAGCCUUUGAAAUCAGGAAAGUGAGAAGACCACAUAUAUUUCUACUCCAUCCCCUCUCCAUACAAUAAUGGGUAGGCCUCCUUGCUGUGAUAAGCAGGGUGUUAAGAAAGGCCCUUGGACUCCUGAGGAAGAUAUCAUGCUCGUCUCUUACGUUCAACAACACGGCCCCGCUAACUGGAGAACCGUGCCCGCUCAUACUGGUCUGCGAAGAUGCAGUAAGAGUUGCAGGCUUCGGUGGACUAACUACCUUAGGCCAGGUAUCAAGAGGGGCUGCUUCACUGAUCAAGAAGAGAAAAUGAUUAUUCAGCUUCAGGCUCUUCUAGGCAACAAAUGGGCUGCCAUAGCAUCGUAUCUUCCGGAGAGAACGGAUAAUGACAUAAAAAACUAUUGGAAUACUCAUUUGAAGAAAAAACUGAAAUUGGUGGAAUCCGGGGGGUUGAUGAUUGAUUCUUCUAGUAGGUUCUCAUCAUCAUCAUCUUCUUCGCACUCUUCCUCAUCAAGAGGCCAGUGGGAGAGGACUCUUCAAGCGGAUAUAAACACAGCCAAACAAGCCCUAAACGACGCUUUAUCUCUCGAGAAAUCCACGCGCCACCGCCCGCUUGAUUUCAUCCCUCAACCGCCGGCGCCGGUUCAGUAUGCGUCAAGCGCCGACAACAUUGCCAGGCUGCUCAAAGGCUGGAUGGAAUCUCCGGCGAAAUCUUACUCAACACCGAGUACCAGUAACAGUAACGGCGGCGCCGCCACCGUCACCGACACGUCAUCGUCGUCUUCCGACGAUGCUCCCGGCGGGAUUUGUUUGAGCGAAGCCUUUGAAUCGCUUUUCGGGUUCGACUCCGACCAGUUUUCGCAGUCUUAUGAGAGCAAACCGCAAGUCCCGUUGUCGGUUAUGCUGGAGAAUUGGUUACUCGACGAUGAUAUAUGAUGAAAAUGGUGAUUUAAUUUGUUUUAGAAGAUCGAAUCUCAGCUAUUAUUAUUAUUAUUUUUAAAUAUUUAGAUUAAACUAUGAUUUGCAUCCUAUUUUUUUGUCCUCAGGAUCAACAUGUACGAUUAAUCCUAUGUUUUAUCGAAUGUACCCGACAAUUAUCUGGAUCUUGAAUCUGUGUAUGUGUAUCCUAGAAAGCUGUGUUUUUGUUUCUUUCUGGGUUUUGGAACAAGAAUGUCUUGGGGAUUAUUCCAAUUUGUAGUUCUAAGUUCUAACAUUCCUCCCUAGCAUUCACACUGGGAUUCAACUUUUUGUUAUAAAAAAAAAAACAGAUUGUUUAUUUGUUAA